AUGAAGAGGCAUUCUGCAGCCACAUGCAUGGGUUUGUGCCUCACACCACGGACAAGUGCCACACCCAGUGUCUGCACACCCUGCAGCCAUGAAAGACAACCCCCUGCUUGCACCUGGUCAAUGAUGCAGCAGCAGUUGACACACUUCAGGCAUUCAUUGAGGGCUACCUUGACAAUCAACAGCACUACCUUCAUGGAUUCAAUACCAACCAGAUCAAGUCUCUGA